AUGUCCUUCAACCGCUUUCGCAGCGCACACUCGAAACCGGCCUACGAGCGAGACGCCCACUCCACUCGUGCCCUACCUCUAUACAAACAGUACUCCUCCAGCUCGACUCGCACCCCAACUCUCGAAGAAGACAUCAUCCCGCUCACGAAUACGAGGUCAAUGUCCGUGUCGCGCAAUAACUCCUUUACCAUGAAGACACUUGAUCCCCGUCGUCUCUCCAUGCGCCUGAAGCGCUCGAGCGGGAGCCCAAGCCCAGCCUCCUCGCCCUCCACCUCUCCGGCCCCCUACGACCAAUACACCACGCACCGAUCAAAUACAGACCCGUUGCCACUACCGUCUUGCGCAUCAUCAGGCAGCCGCGCGGAAUUCGUAUAUAAGCCCAUCCACCGAAAAGACUAUACGGCCGUCGUGGCCGAGACAGCGACCGUGCAGGCUCGAUCGCCGGUGCUAGCGUCAGGGUCACGAUAUCACUAUAAUCACCUCCCCUCUGGGCCUGCGUGUAGGAAGCAUAUGGGGCUUGGGAUUGAGGAGCGGACGAUCGCAUCGCAGGCACAGGCACAGAGACAGACACAGUCGCGGUCGCGAUCUCGAUCACGGGCUGCAGUCCACCCUCGAGCUCGAGCCCAGGCUCACUAUGCAUACGAUGAAGAUGAAAUCAAUGACAGCCACGAUCUAUAUGAUGAUUUGGAUGAGGGGUAUGGCGCUGCUCGGCGGGAGCGUUCAAGACCGGCGGAUCUGUAUACUUCGGCUGCGGAGAAGAGGCAUCGGGCGGCGAGGAGGCUCACGACCGUGAUGGUUCCUGAUGCGGAGGAUAUCUAUGGAUGA